AUGUCGGCUCCCCAUCUCAGUAAAGAAGCCCUCUCCACAUGGGAAACCAACGCCGAAUUCUGGAACUCUGGCGUCGGCGAGCAUGGCAAUAAAUACUGGAAGCAGCUUCAAGAACCGUCUCUUCAGCGCCUCCUUGGCCCGAGCCUCAGCAAGCAAGGCUGCACGGCUUUGGAGCUGGCUACAGGCAAUGGUCUCUGUGCUCGCUGGCUCGCAGACAACGGCGCCGCCAGCAUUAUCGCUACAGACGGCACUUUUGGCAUGCUGGAGCAGGCCAAGAAGUAUGAGAAUGCCGAUAGAGACGGAAAGAUAUCUUUCAGCAAGCUGGACGUGACCGAUGCAAACGACUUUGAGCCCCUCGUGGAAAAAGCUGCCGAGAUUGGCGGUUUCGAUGUUAUUCUCAUGAACAUGGCGAUCAUGGACGUCGCUACUCUUGAUCCCCUCGCAGACGCGCUUCCGAAAAUACUCAAGAAGGAUGGCGUCUUCGUAGCCACCAUCCUCCACCCAGUCUUCUUCACCUCCACCUAUUCCCGCAACAUCGAAAUCACAUUCGACCCUUUGACGGGUGAACAACACAUCAUCCGUAGCAAAGUUAUCAAGGAAUACCUCCAUGUCAAACCGUCUAAAGGCGUGUUCAUUGUAGGACAGCCAACAAAACAGUAUUACUUCCACCGCCCACUCCAUGAACUAUUCAGCGUCUUUUUCAAGAGAGGCCUGGCAUUGGAUGCACUUGAAGAGCCUAGUUUUACUGAAGAGGAUGCUAUCCCAGGGAGAGUGGAGGCUUCAUGCAACUUUCCACAGCUGCCGGCUAUCCUGUCGUUCCGAUUCAAAAGAUCAGCUUAG